UAUCCCUCUAGCCCCGCCCAAAUGUAUACAUUUACAAUCUGAAUGAGUCUGAAUUUCCGAAAUGUGAAAAGACGUUUAACGUUAAAAUGAAUUUUACAGGAAAUUUAAUGCGAAGUAGCAGUAAGACAUUCUUUUUGACGAGGAUGUUUAAUUUGAGAUGUCUAUCAUCUGUUUCAUCACCACUAACUGGUAUCAGAGUAGUUGAUCUAUCAAGAGUUUUAGCAGGACCAUUCUGUUCUAUGUUAUUAGGAGAUCUUGGGGCAGAAGUUAUCAAGAUAGAAAGACCAGGUACAGGAGAUGAAACAAGACACUGGGGUCCUCCAUUCAUCAAUGGAGAAAGCUGCUAUUUUCUGUCAGUCAAUAGAAAUAAAAAGAGUCUUGCCGUAAAUCUCAAACAUCCAAAAGGAAUUGAAGUUGUAAAAAAGCUGAUUGCGUCUAGUGAUGUAGUCCUGGAGAAUUACAUUCCUGGAAAACUAGAGGAACUUGGUUUAGGGUAUGAAACCUUGAAAGAAACCAACCCUGGUCUAAUCUACUGCACUAUUACAGGUUAUGGUCAGACUGGUCCAUAUUCAGCGAGGGGUGGAUAUGAUCUGAUCGCUGCAGGGUUGGCAGGACUGAUGAAUAUAACAGGACCAGAGGAAGGUGAUCCAUGUAAAGUUGGUGUAGCAAUGACAGAUCUGUCUACCGGUCUCUACGCCAAAGGAGCUAUUCUAGCAGCAUUAUUACACAGGACACAGACAGGAGAAGGCCAGAGAAUUGAUACCAAUCUUUUAUCAACACAGGUGUCUCUAUUAACUCAUCUUGCUACUAACUAUUUGAUGGAUGGCAGAGAGGCAAAGAGAAGAGGUACACAACAUGAGAGUAUUGUUCCGUAUCAGGCUUUCAAGACUUCUGAUGGAUACCUUAUCAUAGGUGCUGGAAAUGAUAAAUCAUUCCAAAUUUUAUGUAAAAGGAUAUGUUUAUCUGAGUUGGCAGAAGACCCUGAGUUCAAGAGCAAUGCACAGAGGGUUCGCAAUAGAGAAACGCUUCUUCCAAUCCUCUCAAAAAGGUUAUCUGAGAAGACUACAAGUGAUUGGAUGGAUGUUCUUGAGGGAUGUGGCUUUCCUUACGGACCGAUCAAUACGAUUGGUCAGGUGUUUGAUGAUCCUCAGGUCAAACAUAAUAAUUUAGUUCAAGAGAUUGUUCAUCCCACAAUAGGAACAAUCAAAGUCCCAGGCCAUGCUGUGCAAUACAGUAACAUAUCAACCCAAGAGAGCUAUCCACCUCCAUUGCUAGGAGAGCAUACAGCAGACAUUCUCAUCAAUCUUCUUGGAUACACGCAAUCACAGGUAGAAGGGCUUCACAAAGAUACAGCUAUAGCUCUUCCUUGAGACCGGACUGCUUUCUACAUCCAUCCAUGAUGAGGACGAGAUACAGAUCUACACUCAAAGAAUUGAUGAGAGUGGUUUGUCAGAUCACUUGAGAGCUCUCAUAAUUUGUUCUAAGAAUAAUUUAUUGGUAGAUUAUACCCUAAGGCCCGUAUUCUGAACUCGGGUUUAACUUAAACUCAGGUUCAAAGUUGUGGUUUAAGUAUGGAUAGCCAAUUGUUAUAUAAAUCACUAACGGUAGAGAUAUCAUACUUCAGCUCAUUUGGCUCUUUAAUUAUUCAUAAUUGUCUAUGAAUCAUAAAUAGAUGAUUGUCUUCACCAUCAAUGAAUCAGGAAAGAGCACAGUAAACAUAAGAAACAUACAACUUCAUAUUUUGACACUUUUGGCUUCCCAUAAUUUUAGUACAGAGUUAGACUGUGGUCUAAGUUAAACCUGACUUCAGAAUACGGGCCUAAGAAUGGAACAUGCAGGAUAGAUAAUCACCAUUCAUAAAUAGGAGAAUCAGAUGAGAAUAGAUGCUGAGCGAGAUACAGACAAUAAGCUGCCGCUCAAUGUUGCUUUAUCAUCAUCAAUAUAUUUCAGCAUCAUGAGUAUUAGAUUCUAGUAGGUUUAUACAGACCGCAUGAUCUAAUUUGAAUUUAUUCUGCAAUCAGAGGAUAUAUUAAGGGCAGUUUCAUGCCCCCUGGCAAAUUAUGAGGACAUGUAAAAUUAGACAAGGAAAUAGAACUACAACCAAUGUAAGGUAUAACGAUAAGACACUUAAAAGUUCAUCAUGCAAAAAGGGAUAUAAAUCAGUAUCGUUUAUAUCACUAAUUUGAUGUAUCCUCUUAUUACCCUGGUAUAUUUGUAUUGUAUUUAUAUUCAUGUGAUUACCUCAAAAAAAAUUGAGCCAGUAUGCAAUACCCUCAUAAUAAAAGAUAAUUCAUUAAUCAAAUAGUAAUUGUAAGUUUAAAUUAAAAUGUCAGUUGAGGGUAAUGAUCUUUAGUUUUAAGAGAAUCUAAUAAAAUGACAAUCACAUAAUGAUUCAGAUCUUAAAUUAAUCCAAGGUCAUCUAAGUGCAUGGCUUUAGAAACCUUAUUGAUUGGCCCUAAUGCCUUCUCUUUUUCAUCCAUUUAUGCAGUAAUAUUGAAAUAUGGCCCCACCACCAAAAUAUUGAAAUUUAAACAGGUUCAAGGAUGUAGCUAAUGAUGAGUGGAUCACUCGUCAAAAGGAACGGACGCCAUUUUUUAUGGUAAAAGAUAUACACAACAUUGGAAAUCUAGAUUGGUAUAUGUUUACAAUCAUUUUGUUUUAUAUACCAGUACAUCUAUGCACUACUUUGUGUCUUUGUUUGUACAUUACAAAUUCACUGAGCUGGAUUACAGCUUUUCUUUUCCUUCAAAAUGCUACCAAAUUUGCAACAUAUCCAAAGUGAGCUCUUAAGAAACACUGCCCUCAGCAGUGCAUACAUAACACUAUAGGGGCCAUGAGCCUAAUUACAUCAGGAGGGCUAAAGAUAUUCGUUCGACCCAACCCAUUCGAAUUUUUUCAAUUUGAUAUUGCUGAUUGGCAAAAGUGUAUGAAUAUGAUUCAAAAUCUAACACUGAUUCUAGAAAUGGUAACUACUGAACUUCCUUUGCCCAAAUUGGGAAGAUAUAUCGAUGAUUUGGAACUAUUUUUUGACUGGCAGAAGAAUUGGGGCUAUUUUACUGUUUCAGUUGAUGAAUUUGAUCCCAUCAUAGUUAUCUUCAUAAAUGGCAAUUUAUUUUUAAAAUUAGCUGGCUACGAUACCCUUCUCUGGUCAGAUAUGGAAUGUCAGAUAUAUAUCCUAUCCAAAGGUAGUAAACAUUCGACCCUCUAAUUUCACAUUUAUUUUUUAUGAAUUUUUCUUAAGUGCCAUUUUAACACACAAGUCUAUGGGGAAUGUUUUACGCGCGUGACACCCUCAAUUGCGAUCAAUAAAAUAACCCAAAUGAAAUUUACACACAUGACACAAAGUUUUGCACUCAUUUCUCAGCAUCUACUUAGCUACACAAAUUCAUAUUUCAAAACAUUUUAUGAUUUAAACUCACUCUUUGGGCGGCAUAAAUACUUGACUGGAAUGUACUUUUGGGACAUUCUGUCCCACUGAACAGAAUUUCGAACUUUCCUUCGGAAUAAACAAUUU